AUGAGUCCAACAACUAGAGCUAAGAAAAUUAAACUAGAAGAAGAUAAAGAAUUAAGUAGAAUAAAUGAUUUGUCACAAAGGCUAAAAAAUCUUGAAGCUUUUAAUGAGAUCAAUGACUUUACUAAUCAGCCUGAUUCACUUCGUCGUAGUGUUCGAUUACAAUACUCUCUUAUUAGAACCAUUGUUGAUGAGACAAGAUGUGAACUUGGAGCUGCAGGAUCAAAUAAGUUCAACAUUGUGUUGAAUAGUGUUCAGGACUUGUAUCUCAAUGUUAAGAGGCCAAGAGAGCAAGUGGCGGAUGCAGAGGCCUUGCUCGGACUUACCAAUACUGUUGUGGAAUCUCUCCAAUUACGUCCCAAUUGUAGUAUCUCACCUUCUAUAUUCAUCUCUUGGUUGCUUCAAGUCUAUGGUUUACGAAAAGGACGUUCAAAGAAUGCAAUGGAACAUUUCAUCAUUGGGAAGUCACUAAAAACUGUGAAUUGGGAAAAGAUUGGAGCUGAUGCUUCACUCGUGUUUAUGGAAGGCAAAGGUUGCAAGACAAUGCUUGGAGUUCUGAAAACUGAAUUUAAGCCAAGGAAUCAGCUUGUAGUUUAUCAUUCUUAUCCAAAAGAGAUUGUGGUUUACAGGAGAUUGCCUCUGAGAAAGGUCUACCUUACUCGGCCAAAAUUGGUUGCUGGUGAAACUGUCAAGGACAAACCUGAUGUUAGCAAGAAUAUGUCAAACAUAUCGGAGCUCUUAAAGGAGAAGAAAAGUGUCAUGCUUGACGAACUCUUUCUAAUGAGAAAUUCCUUUGCUCAUACUGUCGAGAAUAUGUUUGCACUUUCUUUUUUAGUACACGAUGGGCAGGCUUCAAUCUCCGCUGAUGAAACUGGUUCUCGUUUCGCUUGCAAGAUAGUUCCGCGGAGCAUUACACAUCGUGGUGCUGUACGCCAUCAGUUUAUCUUGAGAUAUGAUUACAAUGAUUGGAAGAUGAUGCAAACAUUAGUGCCAGAAGGAGCAGAGCUAACGCCAAAUAGGAAAUGA